AGCCCAGGGAUGCUCAGAGGAUGCUGUAACAGAUCCUGUGUAAUCCCCAAAAAGCAGGGGAUUAGAGAACAAACCUGAGGUUUUUAGGGCAGCUCCAAGUGCCAGACAGCUGGGUGCUGCUGCCCAGGGUCACAGGCACCAGCAGGGCCUGAGCCAUCACCUCUGCAGUGGUUUUCACUUGUUUUCUGCUUAAUGAGGAAAAUAGGAAGGUCUUAAUUACUAUCCAAAGAGGUUCAUUAUCACCCUGGCAUUCCAGCUACUUUCUUUGGCCCCUCCCAAGCCUCUCAACUCUGGUACCUCUCCUGGACCUUAGGCCACCCCAGUGUCUUAGGCCACUCAUUCUGAGGCAGGAAUUGAAAGGUCUAAUUAAAAAAACAGGGGUUAUUUGUCCAGGACACACCUGGGGAGAGCUCCCAGCAGGUUUCCAGUGGUUUCCCCACGUGACAUUUUUGGGGAGGCUCCGUUCCCAGCCUAUGACUGCUCUAACUGCAGGGAUGCCCAUCAUGUCUCAGAGCACAAAGCCCACCUUGGACAGACCUUAAAUAGUCCAGAGCAAGCUCCAGCUGGUGCUGAGUACCCCUGACUCCAUCAGGUAAAUCAGGAUCCAAUCCCAUCAGCACUUAAAAGCCUUCUAGACCUACAUCCCUAUCCCAAAUCAUCAGCAACAAAGAGAUUCUGUCAUCAUCCCACUGCAUCCAGGAUGAGCCUGCAGUGAAGGUAAUGCUCCCCAUGAACCCCUUUUAUUUAUCAACAAGGUUUAGAGCUGGUUUUUCCCAGCAUUAAGAAUUUCUUUCUCUUCUUUUUCUUUUUUUUUCUUUUUUUCUUGCUCAUUUAACUGAAGUGGCUGAGCAGAUUUUCUUCAAAGGUUCCAAAACAGCUGGGUUGUAGCAGAAACAAAUAAGGUUCUGGGGAGUUAGCUCAGAAGGGAGCCUGGGGAAUUUAAAAAAAUUAUUUUAAAUUGGAGUCUAAGAGACUGCCCACUUGGAGUGAAGCUGAUGGAAGUGCUCAGAGAUGAUGGGAGAGUGAUGCCUCCACUCCCAGUGACCUCCCAAGAGGGGAUUUGGGGAGAGAAUGGGGCACACUGAGGACCACGACCCUCCUUCCCAGCUCUGCCCCACAGGGAGCCUGUGCCAUGCCAGGGUGGGCAGCCUCUGGUGAUGAUGAGUUAUCAUCUCAUGGUAAUUAACCCUCGUGGCUCAGAAACUCAUCUGGUCUUGCUAAUUAACGCAUUUGUAUGAAGCCCUGUCCAAAGGGCUGUCCAAAGUGGUUGCAGCUUCAGGCAGUAAAAUGUUUGGCAUUUUGGGCUGUAAAACAUGGCAAAGUGGGAUUCCUGCCCAGGGUUUGCAGGCACAAUGUCCCCUGCUCAUACCUUGGGCACAGCCAGCUCCCCUUUCUGCAAAGUUCCUCCAUCCAGGAAUGGAAAACAAAUGGUGCCAUCCCUUCUGAUCUGUAAAAAUCCCUGGCAGCUCCUCAGGGCACCCACAUCAUGCCCCAGCAGCCUUUGGAAUGGGAGAUAUGUCUUUGGGCUUGUGUUUAAGAUUAGGACACCUCCUUGGGACACUUGCUUGUGCUCCAACCUGGAUGUUCAACACCUCACAGCUUCUCUUGGAGUGAAAAACAAAAGCAAGAAAAGGCAGAGGAUGUACCCACCAAGACAAGCAGGUGUGGAGGUCUCUAGAGGUUCUCUGGAGACGUGCUUAGGGCACAGGUUUUUGUAGCAGCAGUUAUUUGACAGUAGUUUCCAGCAGCUCUUGAUUCCCAAAGGGAAAGUACUGAUGGUUGGCAGGUUCUCUUUGGAGGACAGGGAGCCAAUGUGGGAAUUUCCACUAGAAAAUUACUGUGUGUCUAAAAGCUCUCUCUGCAUGUAAACCUGGUGGCCCAACCUCGGCUGAGGACAUUGAGAGCAUUUUGACACCAAGUGAGCACUGUGAGACAGGACCCAGGUGACUCCUGGGGAUCCAGAGGGUGCCUGGCCUUGGUGGCACUUUGUCAGUGGAAGAUUGGGUGUGUGGAAGUAGCCAGAGCAGAGUUGGUGAAGAUCUCUGUGCCCUUGCAGCUCAGCCCAUGGGUGCAGCCCUGCAGGUGACAGCAUUUGGGCUUGCUCUUCUCUCCACACUCUUCCUCCUCCUGGCCACGUGCACGGACUGCUGGAUGGUCAAUGCUGAUGACAGCUUGGAGGUAAGUCACAAGUGCAGGGGCCUCUGGAGGGAGUGUGUCACCAACAUGCAGGACGGGGUCAGGACCUGUGACCAGUAUGACUCCAUUCUGGCUGACCACCCAGUGAAGAUCGUGGUGACACGGACCCUGAUGAUCACAGCAGAUCUCCUGGCUGGCCUGGCUUUGGCUACACUGAUCCUUGGGCUCGACUGCAUCACAUUCCUCAAGGAAGAUCCUUGUGUCAAGCUGAAGAUGUGCUAUGGAGCUGGAGCCAUCCUCGGUGCUGGGAGCAUCCUGGGGCUCAUAGGCUCUGUGUGGUAUGCAGUGGAUGUCUACAUGGAGAGGGCCAUGCUGGUGGCACACAAUAUAUUCCUGGGAGUCCACUAUGACUUUGGCUGGUCGUGCUGGCUGGGGAUGGCUGGCUCCACUGGCUGCUUUGUGGCAUCUGUCCUGCUGACCUGCUGCCUCUAUGCCUGCACAGGUCAGUCUGCCUCAUUCCACCCCAUCCUAUCUCAAGGCUUUUGCCCUGCAGGGAUAAGGAGUGAAGGAUCAGCUCAGGGGGCACAGGGGCUUCUUGCAGGGUCCAGCCUAACCAAGGGGAACCCCUUUUGUCCUGUCCCUUGUGCCUGUGCCCCUUGGCUGGGGAGGCUACACAAGGCAGAACAGGGCUGAGUGAGGGGCCCCAUAAACCCUUUAAAGGCAUGAAGAGGGUGCAGGGGCCCAUGCACAUCUGUGGGCCUCCAGAUCCUGGUGGAGGUGUGCAGAUGUUUACUCAAAGCAGGAACUGUGCUGGAACUGAACCCCUGUCGCCAGCCAAAGCCUGAGCCAGUGGCCAGGUGUAAAUACAGCCCCAGCAGCAGGGACAUUGGGCAGGUGAUUCCUCCCCAGACAUCAUCUCCAAUCCUGGUCCCAUGGGGUGCAAGUUAACCCUUCUGGCUGUCCAAGCUCCUUUCUCCUGCCAUGUCCCUGUUCUGUGGCAGCCCCAAGUCACCCUAUGACAACCCCACCUCUUUCCUGGCAGCCCC